AACGCAGCCCGUGGCCAUGGGAGGGCGGGACAUCCGGGGUGCGGCGGGCCAAUCGCGCUGCUCGGCCCGGCCGCCGCUUUGGCGGAGCUGUCCGUCGCCCUGCCCCCACGCCUCCCUCCCUCCCUUCCUCCUCCCCCACCCCUCCCUCCCUACCACCCUCCCUCCCGGGUUCGCCUCCUACCUCUAGUCUCCUGCCGCCGCUGCCUCCACCGCUGCCGCCCGCGGCCUGGGCCUUUCGGCGGCCUCUCCUCCCUCCUGCCCCAGCCCUCCCCUCCCCACCCCGCCCGGCCCGGCCCGCCGCCCGCCAUGCCGCACGCCUUCAAGCCCGGGGACCUGGUGUUCGCCAAGAUGAAGGGCUACCCGCACUGGCCGGCCCGGAUUGACGACAUUGCAGAUGGGGCUGUAAAACCGCCCCCCAACAAGUAUCCCAUCUUCUUCUUUGGCACUCACGAAACAGCCUUCCUGGGACCCAAGGACUUGUUCCCCUAUGAAAAAUACAAGGACAAGUAUGGGAAACCCAACAAGAGAAAAGGUUUUAAUGAAGGCCUGUGGGAGAUCCAGAAUAACCCCCAUGCCAGUUACAGUGCUCCACCGCCUGUGAGUUCUUCUGACAGCGAAGUCCUGGCUGGAAGUGACGCGGAAGAUGAGGCAGGACUCAUGGCUGUUGCAUCAGUGACAGCAGCGAGUGCCAGUGAGAAGAUGGAAAGUGAUGAAGAGUCUGACAAGGGCAGUGAACACAGUGGGAUAAAGCGAAAAGCGCCACCAUUGAAAAUGCCAGUGUCUAAACGGGCACGCAAAGCCUCCAGUGACCUAGACCUGGCCAGUGCAUCUCCAUCAGAAGAUGAAAACUCAGAAAGCUCAUCAGAAUCAGAAAAAAACAGUGAUCAGGAUUUCACUCCAGAGAAGAAAACUGUUGCCCGAGCCCCACGGAGGGGCCCAGUUGGAGGAAGGAAGAAAAAGGUGAAGGUGGAUUCUGGUUCUGAUUCAGACUCCAAGGCUGAUUCAGAGGAAGCUCAGAACAAAUCGAUGGUCGUGACAAAAUCAGACUCCGACUCGGACUCAGACUCGGACUCAGACGUCUCUGUCAAAAAGCCUCCGCGGGGCAGAAAACCAGCUGAGAAGCCUCCCCCCAAACCUCGGGGAAGAAAACCAAAGGUAGAACGUGUUCCCAGCAGCUCCAGCAGUGACAGUGACAGUGAUAGUGAAGUGGACCGCAUCAGUGAGUGGAAACGGAGGGAUGAGGAGCGGCGUCGGGAGCUAGAAGAGAAACGGAAGCGGGAGCAGGAAGAGGAGCUGCGCCGACUGCGGGAACAAGAGAAGGAGGAAAAGGAGAAGAAGAAGGAAAAGUCUGAGAGGGAGGAGACUCACCCCAUCAGUGACAGCAGUGAGGCUGAAGUCAAAGACGAUGAACCUAUCAAGAAGAGGGGCAAGAAAGGUCGUGGCCGAGCGCCUUCAUCCUCUGAUUCAGAGCCGGAGCUAGAGAAGGAGGUGAAGAAGCCAGUGAAGAAGCCACAGUCCUUAGAGCCAUCAAAGAAACCGAACCAGAAGGAGAAAAGAAGCCGCCCCGAGGAGAAGCCCCGAGCCAAGCCUGUGAAAGUGGAGCGAGCCAGGAAGAAGUCGGAGGUGCUUCCAGAGAGGAGGGUUGAAAAGAAGAAAGAGCCGUCUGUGGAAGAGAGGCUGCAGAAACUGCACAGCGAGAUCAAGUUUGCACUGAAGGUCGACAAUCCCGAUGUAAAAAGAUGCCUCAGUGCCCUGGAGGAGCUGGGGAGCCUGCAGGUGACCUCUCAGAUUCUCCAGAAGAACACAGAUGUGGUGGCCACGUUAAAAAAGAUUCGCCGUUAUAAGGCCAACCAGGAAGUGAUGGAGAAAGCAGCAGAAGUCUACACACGGCUCAAAUCGAGGGUCCUGGGACCAAAGGUUGACGCAAACCAGAAAACUAACAAACCUGUCUUGGAGAAGGUCAAAGCGGAGGUAGAGAAGAGUGAAGAUCAGUUGGCAGGAGGGGAGGCCCCCAAGGAGAAGACAGAGGAGGAGCCUAAUGUUGAUCUCUCCGCUCCGGUGAAUGGUGAGUCCACAACCCAGAAGGGGGAGAGUGGUGAGGACAAAGAACGAGAGGAAGGACAGAAUAUGGGAGAGGGGCAAAGAUGCGGCUCGUCUGAAGACCUGCACAACGACAACGUUCAAGAGGAUCCAGAACUGGACAGGCCAGGGAACGACCGGCAGGAAAGAGAGAGGGUUCGGAUGGACUCGGAGUCCCUUGAUGAGGAGAGCUGAGGUCCUGGGGUGUGCUGCUCCCAGCCUCUACCCAGCCCUGGGUUUGAACCCCUUCACUAAGUUACACAGUAGAUGAUGUAUAGGUCUUGUUCCCCUCCCAUCCCCAGACUCCUGUGAAAGCCGAGAACUUUUGGGAGACGCUGUGCUCUUCAGUUGUAUUUGUCCCCUUGGGUUUUUUUUCCCUCGCCUAAUUUCUGUGAUUUCAAAACAACAUGAAAUGAAUAUAAAGGGUUUUUUAAUGAAAAAAAAUUCAUUUUUAUUGGCUUGGUUUUCUAAUGUUGUUGGCUGCAGUGGAGCCUGAAGCUGAGAGCUUGGCCAGUUUGGUGCAGGACAGGAGAAGCGACACGGCCCCCAUUAGCAGUGAACGGCAGCUUUGAACAAGCAGUGCUUCUAGCCUAGAGCCAGGCAGAGAUGACUGAAGCAGGAACGGGGACAAGAGCCUGUGAUCUGGUGGCCUGAGACUACUGGGCUUGGAUUCCCUGGCUCUGCUCACAGCUGGAAAAGUUCAUCUUUACACAAAAGAAGAAAGAAAAUAAAAAUCUAAACUUUAUGGCUC